AUGCAGCGCAUGGCGGACAUAGACCUCGACGCCGUGCGCGCCGUCCGCGUGCUCGGCCGCGGCGCCAUGGGCACCGUGUUCCUCGUCGCCGGCGGCGGCGACGAGGAUGGCGGCGGGGCGUACGCGCUCAAGGUCUUCGACAAGAGGCCGUCCCUUGAGGCGGCGCCGGCGCCGGCGGAGGUGGAGGUGGAGGCGGGGAGGCGAGGGGACGCGGCGCGGCGCGCGAGGUGGGAGGUGUCCGUGCUGUCCGGGCUCGCGCACCCGCACCUCCCGUCGCUGCUCGGGCACGCCGAGACGGAUGACCUCGUGGCGUGGGCCGUGCCCUACUGCGCCGGCGGCGACCUCAACGCGCUGCGGUACAGCCAGCCCGACCGCGUCUUCUCCCCCGCGGCCAUUAGGUUCUACGUCGCUGAGCUCGUCUCCGCGCUCGCCGAGCUCCACGCCGCCGGGAUCGCGUACCGCGACCUCAAGCCCGAGAACGUCCUCCUCCGCGCCGACGGCCACGUCACGCUGACCGACUUUGACCUUUCCCGGCUGCUCCCGCCCAAGUCCCCCUCCCCCUCCGCGUCUACGUCCACCUCGUCGUCUUGCUCGACCACGUCGUCACCGCCGCCGCAGCUGCACGGCCAUGGCCGGAGCCAGCUAAGGCGAAUCUUUGCGAGGAGUGAGUCCUCGGUGGCCGCGACGUCGACGUCGUCCGGCCAGGAAACCCACAACCUGGCCUGGUUCCUCAAGAGAAGCGACGGCGGCGGCGGGGGCGGUGACCAGCUCAAGAAGGCGAAGUCGGCGAGGGUCUCCCCGGUGAGCCGCGUCAAGAAGCAGGCGAGCUUCAGCUCGGCCGCGAGCGCGUGCGAGAGGUCGUUCUCGUUCGUGGGGACAGAGGAGUACGUGGCGCCGGAGGUGGUGAGAGGCGAGGGGCACGAGUUCGCCGUCGACUGGUGGGCGCUCGGGGUGCUCGUCUACGAGAUGGCGUACGGGAGGACGCCGUUCCGGGGACGGAGCCGGAAGGAGACGUUCCGCAACGUGCUGCUCCGGGAGCCGGAGUUCUCCGCGGACUCCCGGCGCCGGUGGCCUGAACUCACCGACCUCAUCACGAGGCUUCUCGACAAGGAGCCAACGAAGAGGCUCGGCUUCGCCGGCGGAGCCGACGAGGUCCGUGCCCACCCGUUCUUCGCCGGGGUCGCGUGGGACCUCCUCGGCGAGCUGUCCCGGCCGCCGUACAUCCCGCCGCCGGCCGACGACAUUGUCGCAUGCGAGGGUUUCAGCGUGGUAGAGUACUUCAACAAGCUUCACGAGACUCCGCCGCAGCAGGAGGAAGAGGAACUGACGGAGUUCUUGCCGGAGUUCUGACGUCCGGCGCCGUUCAAUACUUUUCUCUCUUCAUUUUUCAUUUGCUCCUUUGAAAAACCUUUAAUUGCGAGCCGAUAGUUACUUGGUGAUGGGUGCGAGUGCAGUAAAAUUGUGUAGAAGAGAUUGUGCUGUAAGAUUGUGUAAGGGUAGAGUUGUGGAAAUAAGUGUAACUAUUUUGGAAGGGGACUAGAUUGACUGAAAAUACUGUACUUCACAAGGGUUUAAUCCCUGCAGUCUAAUUGAUUAAGCUGCUGCAGUCUAAUUGAUUAAGCUGCAGUGUUGAAUCAGAUAGU